AUGUUCAAGAACGCAAAAUUGUUGCUGGCAAAUAGGCAACUUAUCGGUUGCACCUACACACAAUUCACAGCUGCCGGCAGAAACGUGAACUGUCCUCAACGAGACUUCUUCGCUUUUAGUGAUCUGACAAACAAGAACCGGGAAUAUGCCAAAAAGGAGUUAAUUGGAUACUCGAUGCAAGAAAUGUAUGAUGUGGUCGCCGACGUAUCGAACUAUUAUAAGUUUGUGCCAUACGUGAAGAAAUCACUCGUACACAGUAAGCGUAAUGACGGCUUCAAGGCUGACUUAAUUGUCGGUUUCCCACCGCUGAAUGAAAGUUAUACAUCAAAUGUUUCGCUUCAAAAUCCUGUGCUGGUAUAA